AUGAUGGGAAUCCGCACUCCCACAAAGGGCACAAAUCCUACAAACGCGAAACAAAGCACAACAUUAUCUGGGCAAGCGAGUAGACAAGCUCAGCCUCCGCAGGAACGUGACGAAGUAAAAGUGUCGGAAACGCGCCCAACAUUUGUACGUAGGAGCAUAGGACAACGGGAGUCGGGGAAACCUAUUGAUGCUCCCAUAAAGAUGACCACCCCACCGAAGAAAGCUGUGUCGGUGGAACCCCCGAAGCCAAAGUAA